CAUUAUCUAGUCCCACCUUUGCUAUCUCCAGUAUUGAGGUUUGAGAUGGCUUCCAAGGCUUCGGCAUCUAUUGCUCUCUUCCUUUUACUUAACCUUCUGUUCUUUGUUCAUGUGUCUUCAUGUAGGACCUGUCCAAGCCCUAAACCAAAGCCAUGUAAAAAUCCUACUCCUACUCCAACUCCAACCCCAACCCCAUCGACGGGUACCUGUCCUAGGGAUACUCUGAAAUUGGGGGCAUGUUCAAAUUUGCUUGGUGGCAUCGUCGGCGCCGGAACACCUGCAAACACCCCAUGCUGCACUCUCAUUUCGGGUCUUACUGACCUUGAGUCUGCAAUCUGCCUAUGCACUGCCAUCAAAGCUAAUAUAUUGGGUAUUAACCUCAAUGUCCCAGUUUCACUUAGCUUGCUUGUCAACACCUGCGGAAAGAACCUCCACUCUGGAUUCCAGUGUUCCUAAACAAUUUCCUCUUCUACUCUAGCUUGUUUUAUAUAUAUCCUGUGGUGCUUCAAAGGAAGCCUUUGUUUUUUGGGGGGGUGAAUAGAUGCUUCUCUACAAAGGAAGUUGUUAGUCAUGAUAAUUGUGUUAAAGGGGUAUGUGUUAUUCAAUUGCGUCCUCUCAAUAGGUUCUUUAUAACAGAGAGAAGCAAUUUGUAAUCUAUAUAUAUGUGGUUUAUAUUCAGUUUCUCAUGUAGCUAGUCAUCUUCAUUUCAGCAAAGAUCUUUUCCAAUUCUUUCCUUUUCA